AGGACGCCCAAAGCUGACGACGUGGCUCAGAAAAACGUCUCAUCACCGGCUUUUCAGUGGACCGGGGUGAUUCAAAUCGGAGGACAGGCUGUUCUCUCGCUGCUAGCUCUGGGUCGGUAAAAGCUGUGGCGGUCUGCUGGAAAACUUUGACCUGAUCGCGGUGAAGUCAUGUCGGGGAAAGUCAAGAGCCGGAGUGCGGCUAACGCCAACCCCAUAGCCGGCGGCGUGUCCUCCGAUGAGCGCAUCCUGCGGGAUAUCCAUCAGCUGUACACGGAGGCAGACAGCGGGCUGAUUGCAGUGGCUGAGUCUGUUGGCGUGAAGCUGCUUCCACCCAGGAAGAAGAUCACGGUGAUGCUGAUGGGCAACCACUCUGCUGGGAAGAGCUCCUUCAUCAACUGGUAUGUGGAGGAGCACAUCCAGCGCACCGGUGUGGCUAUCGAGACGCAGGGCUUCAGCUUUGUUACAAGCGGUCGCAAAAGAGAGUCUCUGACGGGGAAUGCAACCCUUCAUCUAUAUCCACAUUUCAAGCCUCUGCAGGAGUUUAAAGGUGUGUCGGAGUACCUGAGCACAGAAAUCUGCACGUCGCGACAGAAGCGGUUCAGCCUGGUGACGUUUGUGGAUUCUCCGGGCUUAGUGGACGGAGAUAUGAAAUACCCCUUUGAUGUGGACGAGGCCAUCCUCUGGCUGGGGGAACUUUGUGACCUUAUCCUGGUUUUCUUUGACCCCAUGGGUCAGGCUCUGUGCAAGCGCACCCUCAACAUUGUGGAAUGCCUGAACGACAAACAUGGCGACCGGCUGCGCUUUUAUCUGAGCAAGGCAGACGAAGCUGGGAGCGAGUCAGACAGACAGAGGGUAAUGAUGCAGAUUGUUCAGGAGCUCUGCAAACGACCUGGACUCAACAAAUGUGGCUUUGACAUGCCCACCAUCUACAUUCCCAAUCCAAACAAGCCCAGUCGCUGUGUGAACCAGAUUGAGGAGGUCUGUCGCACCAUAGAGAAGACCAUCAACCAGACGGUCCAGAACACCCUCAACUCUCUGGAGAAGGACUGUGAGCUCGUCAGCGAGGCCAUCACUGAUAAACUCAUGAACGACAGGCAGAGCAGCGUGGAGAACAGACGGGCCCGCUGCAAGAGCUGCUUCCUGACCCUGCUGGGUUUCUGCAUCCCACUGGCUCUGCUGGCCUUUGUGGCGCUGGGGGCUUUGUCCCCGGGGCUUUUGGAGAUGACUCUGGGCCCCGAGGGUACAGAGGUACUCUCGCUCUAUCUGACUCCCUUAGUGAGAAUAUUUGACUCCCUGUCUGGAGAGGAGAAGCUUUAUUGCUGCACUGGCCUGGUCUUCCUCUCUUUCCUCCUGCUGAUCAUUGCACGCUUCUCCUUCAGAACCCGGCCGACUCUUUCAGGCAAACAGAAACGGCAGCUUCAGGAGAAGUUCGAGUACAUUCAGGAGGUGGUCAAGCCCAAAAAGAAAAGUCUCUACGAAGAAUAUCUGCGCCAGAGCGUCAGCGAUCAUGACAUGGACUUGUAGAAAACAGUUCUUCACGUUGACUUGGGACCAAUAUGCCAAGAGUCCAUACCAGCUCAAAGAUGUGUCUUUUAUUUUUAUUCCAAAUAUAUGUGGCAUUCAGAAAACCCCUCCAUGAUCUGGUGCUGUGACUUCUGUACAGCCUGUUACUGCUACACUACCUGCCAAUGAGACGAGCUUGCUGCUGAUCUCUUCUUCCUUCUGAGCUCUCGUGUCCCGUGCCUCUGUCCCAAUUCCAGUAAUUUAUCUGUGAAUUACUCUAACAAAGAUGUCCAGACUAUUUCUAGCAACAGACAGCACUGAUCUGAGUCUCUUUGUAAACAUUUUGAACUUUGAGGGUGUUGCCCAGAAUUUUAUACAGUAUUUUUUCAUACUGCUCAUCAAAAAGUCGUAUAUUUGUUAUUCCUCCAAAUGUCUGAUUUAGUAAAUAUCAAAUUUAAAAAGUCAUGUAAUUGAAACUUUUUUUUUUCCUCAACCUUGUGAUCAUGUUUAAUUAACUGAAUAAAACGGUUCUACAA